AAUCAAUACAAAAAAAAGACGCCGUCACAUUCCUACUUUUUGAAGCGUGCUUCCCCCUUGUUAGCGGGGAGGGGUCGCAACACACAGGAAGCGUUCAGGGGAAGAGGAGGAACAGAAAAAGCGAUGCUCUGGAUGGGGGGGUGCUGCCAGCCUGGACCUGAUGUUCCUCCGCUCAAAUAAGAACUGCUGCGAGGAUUAAGCAGGAGGCCGGGGCUGGAAGAUUGAAAGGAGGCGGGGGGGCUUCAAGAGCAUCAUUCCGAGAGGAGCAUUUUGUCGCACGAGCUGAAAAUUAACGCGGCGAUUGAAGUGGAGGUGGGGGGGUAGGACCACUCUAACGCUGAGGGUGGACUCCACUCCACUGAGAGAAGAUGUCGGGUCAGACGCUAACGGACCGCAUCGCCGCGGCCCAGUAUAGCUUGACUGGAUCGGAGGUGUCCCGAGCUGUGUGUAAAUCCACCACACAUGAACAAACGCCCCCAAAGAAAAAACACCUGGAAUACUUGAUCCAGGCCUCCCAGGACUCCAGUGUGAAUGUCCCUCAGAUGGCCGAUACACUGAUAGAGAGGGCAGGCAAUGCCAGUUGGGUGGUGGUUUUCAAGGCGCUGAUAACAACACACCACCUUAUGGUGCAUGGCAAUGAGAAAUUUCUACAAUUCCUUUCAUCGAGGAACACUUUGUUCAACCUUGCCAACUUCCUGGACAAAACAGGCUCACAUGGCUAUGACAUGUCCACCUUUAUCAGACGCUACAGCCGCUAUCUCAACGAGAAGUCUUUCGCCUACAGACAGAUGUCUUUUGAUUUUGUCCGUGUCAAGAAAGGCGCUGACGGAGCAAUGAGGACCAUGACAGUAGAGAAGUUGCUGAAAGGAAUGCCAAUCCUGCAGGGUCAGAUUGAUGCACUGCUGGAUUUUGAUGUACACCAACCAGAAUUAAACCAUGGAGUGAUAAAUGCCUGCUUUCUCCUACUGUUCAAAGACUUGAUAAAGUUAUAUGCUUGCUACAAUGAUGGCAUCAUCAAUCUAUUAGAGAAAUUUUUCCAGAUGAAGAGGAGCCAGUGUAAAGAUGGACUGGAGAUCUACAAAAGAUUUCUGACUCGCAUGACUCGGGUAUCUGAAUUUUUCAAACUUGCAGAGCAAGUGGGAAUAGACAAAAAUGACAUACCUGAACUUACUCAGGCCCCAGAAAGUCUUUUGGAAUCUCUAGAGACCCAUCUCAACACUUUGGAAGGAAAGAAGCCGUAA